GGGAUACAGGAAGUUCAAGAUGGCGAUGGACGGAAUGAUGUCCACGUCUCCGGGUCUGACUUACCAAACCGCCGGGGAUUUUUACCCCCGAAAGUUCGGCCCGAAGCCGGACGUGGUUCCGUCCGGAGUGACGGAGAGGAAGGUGGUGCCGCUGGAUAAACCUGACAUGGUGACGGUGGACGUUAUUAACAUCAAGGAUCCAGAUAUUCCCAUGCACAGAAAGAAACACAAGCAUGACACCUAUGUCUUGGGUACAAUUCAUCCAUUUAGAAAGUCACACAGAUCCAUUUUUGGGAAACUUCUGCAGGAAUUCAGGCUGGUGUCCUCAGAUAGACGGUCGUGGACGAUCCUGCUGUUCGGCGCUCUGAACCUGCUGUGUACCGGCUGUCUGCUGAUGUGGUGCAGCUCCACCAACAGCAUGGCUUUAACUGCCUACACAUAUCUCACAAUAUUUGACCUUUUUAGUCUGAUCACCUGUCUCAUCAGCUUCUGGGUGACCAUGAAGAAGCCCAGUCAGGUGUAUUCAUUUGGGUUUGAACGGCUGGAGGUUUUGGCAGUUUUUGCCUCCACUGUUCUCAUCCAGCUGGGAGCUUUGUUCAUCCUGAAGGAAAGUGUGGAGCGCUUCAUGGAGCAGCCUGAGGUCCACACAGGCCGAUUGUUGGUCGGGACCUUCGUUGCUCUCUUCUUUAAUCUGUUGACUUUGCUGUCUGUCAGGAACAAACCAUUCACCUACGUUUCUGAAGCGGCCAGCAGCAGUUGGCUUCAGGAGCACGUUGCCGACCUGAGUCGAAGUUUGUGCGGGGUCGUACCAGGUCUCAGCAAUGUGCUGCUGCCUCGAAUGAACCCGUUUGUCCUGAUUAACCUGGCAGGAGCUCUGUCCCUCAGCAUCACCUACAUGCUAAUAGAGAUCAAUAACUACAAUGCUGUGGAUACGGCAUCGGCCAUCGCCAUUGCCCUCAUGACCUUUGGCACAAUGUAUCCUAUGAGCGUGUACAGUGGUAAAGUUCUGCUGCAGACCACACCGUCCCACAUCAUCGGUCAGCUCGACAAACUUCUCAGAGAGGUGUCAACCCUGGAUGGAGUUCUGGAGGUUCGAAACGAGCACUUCUGGACUGUUGGUUUUGGAUCUUUGGCUGGCUCUGCCCAUGUUCGGAUCCGCCGGGAUGCCAACGAACAGCUGGUCCUGGCCCAUGUUACCAACCGCCUGCUGCCGCUCGUGUCCACACUGACGGUGCAGAUCUUUAAAGAUGACUGGACCCGACCUCUUCUGAGCGGCACUCUGUCCUCCCCAUCCGCUGCAUCUUCCCAGCUACCUAAUGAGGGCUACUCCUCAUCCUCUUUCCCUCCGGCUCUGUUCCCCUCAGUUGGAGGAGAAUUCGACCCGCUGACCUCGACCCCCUCCAAACCCAGCAGCCCCCCUCCAGAGUUCUCGUUUGACACUCCAGGGAGGAAUGUUCAGCCGCUGGUGAUGCCCGCUCCGGGUCACCCCGCCCACCACCCCUACGGAGGCCUGGGCCUCACCUAUGGAUCGGCGCCAUACACGGGGAUGCUGGGUCAGGGUCUGAUGCGACCAGGGGUGGGACUGGGACUCGGUGUGCAGGGUCUGGGGGCCGGGUUUGGACUCGCUUCAUCUCAGAGCUACAGGACUCCGUUUGGAGGCCCAACGGGCCCACUACAGUUUGGAACCGGCAACCCCACAUCCUUUCAAUUACAGAACAGACAGUAUCGACCCUAACGGUUUUAAAAUGGGUCAAAAACUGAAACUGAAGGUGAAAAUUUGGAAAGUUGGAGCUUUUGAAGGCACAACGACAGCAGAGUGUAGUAUUUAUCUAACAGUGGAGUGGGACCAACAGUUUAGUUUUCAGAUCAUUUUUAUCAUGAUUUUGGGAAACAUUUAUAAAACAGACCACGAGAUCUUACAGUUUUGUCACAUUAGAGGCAAUUAAGUUAUCCAUUAUCAUUAAACAAGACAGCAGGGGAAGACUGUUUCUCUUUUAAAUAAGAGAUAAGAAAAUAUCCUAAACAUAAAACAUAUUUUCAAACUAUAGUGCGAGUAAUUUAAAAAUUAUAAAGUUUAAUGAGUUUAUUUCAAUAAAUUUGUCAUAAAAAUGCUUCAAGUCCAAACUUCAGACAAGAAAAAAUUUCUUUUUUUUUUCAUUUAAUGAGUCUAAAUAGAGGGUGAAACAAAUUAUUAUCCAUCGAUUAAAACAACUAUAAUUCUUUUGUCCAUGUCUGUCUGUUAGCCACAAACCUCAUGGAAUAAUACCCAUCUUAAAACUCAAAAACUAAUAAUUAGAAUUACAUCUACAACUGAUUGUCUUCUGCUCAGCUCAAUUUAAGAUGGAGACUGCUCAUGAUUACCCUUAGUCAACACAAAAAUGUCUUUAGUUCAGUCAUUUUUACAUAUAUUGGCCUCCAGUUUGGUGUGGCAGCAGCUGAGCAUCAUUCCCAACACAUAACUCUACUGUCAAAAAAAAUUUAAAAAUAGCUAUAACGCCAUCUUUUCUUAGCAUAAGAUGAACUCUGGCAUUAAUGCAUUCCUUCAAAGAACGCUAGGCCUUUGUUUUAAAAGGAAUCAUCCUAUUACAGCACACAUGUAAUAUUAAGAUCUCUGCAGUUUAUUUCAAACAAAGUUUAAAGUCAUAGGAAAACCUUUUUUUAAUAUCUCAAUAUUUUGUUGGGCAAUUUUCAUUGAAAUGUGGGGAAAAAUGAAACUUGUUUCUUUCAGAUUUAGUAUGUUUUUCUUUGUCUCAACUCAAGCUCGCUGAAUGUUUUUUUUUGUCUCGUAUCCAAGUGUUUUGUUUGUUUUAGGUAAUCAUUGGGGAAAACAAAUAAGUGCAUCAACCCGUUCAUUAAAUGUUUGUUUAGUUUGUGAGCUGCAGAGCUGCGUUGUUACGGUCAGUCCUCAUCAGCUCUGAAAUAUUGUGUUUAUUUGACAUGAUCGACUGUUUAUUAAAAACGGGUCCUAAAGUUUUAUCUGUGACUGGUUUCUGCACAAGGACGGCUGAGACUGAAAAUGAUUCCUGGUUUUUCAGACUCUUAGUUGAAUAUUGUUAUAUUUGACUAAAAACAAAAAGUUUGACAAAACUUACUGGAAGGCAAACAACAACAACAAAAAAAGAUGGAAACAGAAAUACAUGAAGUGGAACCAAAUACCAGAACAUUUAGCUACUAAACUUCCAUCAGAUGAAUCAUUUUUAAUAAAAUAAAUCUGAAAUAAGUUACUGAAACUGUAUAAACCCUUUAAACUUCACAAAAUACAUCUCACAAUACCAAACUGGUUUUGUACAAAAGAAACAAAAAAAAAGUUAUUAAUCAGAACCUACAUCUGCACAGAACCUUCUUCCUUGUUUGUGGUCUGACAAAGAAAAGAGAAAUGAAAAGUGUUUCAGCAUUUCUUCAUUGAAAACUCCUCUUCUGCGACUCUGUCAGCUUCUGCUGGAAAAGAGAAGAACUGGGAGAAGUUCCUUGUGUUUGUCUUCUCACGUUGUGCAGACAAACAGGAAAACCCUCAAUGAGAAACAGUGACAAUAAAACCUGCUGUCGUUCA